AUCCUCUGUCCGAAGCCUGUCCACAUCCGAGCUACCAUGCAGCAGCGCUACCCGGCUCCCUACGGCGAGAGGAUGUCCCCCAACCAGCUCUGCAACGUACCGAAUUCUUCCCUCUUGGGCCACCCGUUCCCCCACAGCGUCUCCCCCGUCCUCACCCACCUGCAGAGAGCAGAGCUGCUGGGAGGAGCCCAGGUAAAGCCUCCUUCGCUCCCUUCCGGCGCUUCCCUGGCCCCUGGGUCCGCGUUUCUCCUGGCGUGGCUGCGGGAGCUGAACUACUUCCAGAAGCUGGAGAAGCUGUCGGCAGCGGAGGAAGUCCACGGCGACGGUCCCAAGAAGGAACGCACUAAACUCAUCACACCUCAGGUGGCGAAGCUGGAGCACACCUACAAGCCAGUGCAGUUUGAGGGCUCGCUCGGAAAGCUGACGGUCUCCAGCGUGAACAACCCCCGGAAGAUGAUCGACGCCGCGGUGACCUCCCGCGGGCUAGCGGAUCCCAUCGGAGAUCCCUGCGCCCCGCCGUGAUCGCCGUCUCUCCUGCAGACGUACAGCCUCCUCCUGGACGUGGAGGACUACGAGAGACGCUACCUCCUGAGCCUGGAAGGCGAGCGGCCGGCCCUGAUGGGCGAGAGGAAGCAGAAGAUCUGCGAUAUGUACGACAAUCUGAGGGGGAAGGCGCCCGGGCAGGAGAGGCCGAGUGACGACCACUUCAUGCAGAUCAUGUGCAUCCGGAAAGGGAAGCGCCUCGUCGCCCGGAUCCUCCCCUUCUUGUCACCUGAGCAAGCGGCCGACGUCCUCAUGGCGACGGCCAGGAACCUGCCCUUCCUCAUCAAGAAGGACGCUCAGGACGAG